AUGGCUACUCAACAACCUCAAAUUUAUGGCGAGCAAGCAUUAGACCACAGAUAUCAUCAAUAUAUUGGUAGCAAUAAUAUGGAAACGCUCCUGAAUGCCAUCGAAGUAUCUCCUAUGUCUCCUGUCAGUUUGUCUCGGAAAUUACAAAUUUUAAAACCAAAAAAUAUCGGCUCAAAUACUUCUGUAUCACAAGAUGAAAUUUCGGACCAACGCUCAUACCAUCAAGAUGAACGUACUAGAUAUGAACAAAUUCAUAGAUUCCUACCUCCUCCAAUCUCAAAAAAUAUGCUUCCCGAUGCAAUGUCUAUCUCUUCGUUGAUAGAUUCGGACCAACCGAUAAAAUCUUCGUCUCCUCUUACUCCCCCAGAUACGUCUUUAACUUUCCCCGGUCUUUCUACUUCCCCAACAAAAACUUCUCCUGCGACUUCUCCAGUUCCACUAGCUUCUAUGCUACCCUCGGCUCCUAUGUCUGUCCCUUCUCCUACUGAUUCUAUUCCUUUCCCUCGUUUACAACCUUCACCCCCUGCAAACAUUUUUUUAAAUACUUUCCCCCUUCCAAGUGUGAAUCAGGCCGUAGGUGACGUUGAUCGUACGCGUAAUUCUCCUCCUCCUUUAAUUCAAAAUAAAAAUCAUUUAGUAUCAAACAAAAGAAAAUGUGAUUCUCUUGUAACUGGUACUUAUUUAAAAGAGUCUCGAUCAAAAAUACGCAGAUCUUUAUCGAUUAAUGAUACUAUAAUACAUAAUCCUUCUUAUCCUUCCGUUGACGUUCCCUCCGAUUCUUCUCAAAAUUUACUUCUUUGUCAAAAUGAUUCUUCCACCCCUUUUCAUUUUACCACUAUCACUUGCUAUCAUGCAUCUGUUGCCCAAAAAUCUUAUGGUAGUGAAAAAAGGUUUUUAUGUCCUCCUCCUGUGGUCAUUCUUGAAAAACCUUCAAAUUCUUGUAGAAAUUUUCAUCUAAAACCUGAAGUUUCAAUGUCUGUUGUAUGCGAAACUGGUGAACGUUCAAUGGAACAAAGGACUAUGCUUGAUGAAAAUAUGAAGGGUACCUUUAAAUAUUUACAUGUUAGUGGCACUGCUAAAGCAAAACAUUUCACUCUUAAAUUAAAAAUUUUUCAUAAGAAUUCUACUAUUCCAUACGCUAUGUUUGAUUCCGACCCCGUCACUAUCAUAUCAAAACCUUCUAAAAAAACCGCAAAAGCUAGAAAUAUUUCUUCUUGCAUUUCUUCCGGUGAUCAUAUUUCUCUUUUUAAUCGUAUUAAUUCUCAAACCGUACGGACUAAAUAUAUGGGCAUAGAAAGUGGUGAAUUAUGUGCAAAGAAUUCUACUUGGUCUUCUUUCCCUGGUUCUUUUUCGCCGAUAAAUUCCUCGAAAAGUUCUUCUCCGAUUUCUUCUCCCGGUUCUCCUUCUAGUUCCGUAUGCUCAAAGACUCAGAUUACUUAUGGUUCAGAAGUUGUUCUUUCCGAUCCAACGACUGGUUUUAUUUCCGAUCAUUUAAUUAUUCGAAAGGUAGAGAAAGGUCGUAUUGCUCAAGGUGCUUGUGGCCCCGUUAGUCAAAUGCAAAAAAUUGCAUUACAAUGUGUCCGUAUGAAUGGUCGAGAAUCUCAUUAUCUUAGUGCCGCUGGUCCAAUAACGAUGGAUAGUCCUCAAUUACAAGAUCAAUGUACUGUUAGUGGUGCUUCACCUUUUCUGGGUUAUCAAUCUUCUCGGGUAGUUCAUAUGCAAAAUGUUGAAUUUGCAAAAGAACCUUUUCGAUUGGUUUCAACAAUGCAAAAUAUUCCUUGUACAAAAUCUGAUGCAACUUCUACAAUCGUCGAAGAAGUUGAUGAUUAUUUAUGUUGGACAAUC